UGUUAUAGAUAAUUUUGCAGUUUUGUUGAAAUGAGUGAAUGUGAGCGUGAGAUAGCUGACGCAAGGAAAGCUAUCACUUCUUUUCUAGGAAUGAAUAGUUUCAAAGAAGUAGAUGUCCGUAAAGCGCUGUUUUCUUCGCCAGGGAUUCAAGGGAGCGAGGAGGAUCAGAAAAACACUGCAGCACUCAAUGUUCGGCUGGAAAUUGAACACGAUACAGAAGAACAACUGAAGAAAACACAGAAAGAGGCCCAUGAGAAGAGGAUGAAGAAGUUCCGGCAGAUGGCCAAACAGUUGGGGGAGGAUGACUGGCUGUAUCCUCCUGUGGAAAAACUUAUCGGCCUUAAAUGAAAUGUUAAGUGAAGUGGUAAUUGAAGAGAAGCCUAUGUGAACUGUGACAGAUGUGCACAUUCUAAGGAUUACCAAACAGUUUUGUGGGCAACUUUUAUUGCCUUCAAUGAGCUAAACUGGAAAUGGCUUAUUCAGAGGAGAAUAUUCAGGGACCUACGAUAGGCCAAACAGAAAGUUGCAGAGUUGCAAGCCAUUGUGAAAAUGUUAAAUUUGGAGGAAGACAGCAUUUUCAAUACGAUUGGUCAGUUUUGCGCCUGAAAAUUGCUGUGAGAUCAAGAACAUUAGUCAACAAGGAAAACUCUAUCCCUGUGCUUUUGAACUUUAGUUUAUGCUUUUGUUUGCAUGUACAUGUUCAACAAGGUCAUACUACAGAAAAUAAGAGUGUGUGAGCUUUUUGCUGUCAUGUUUUUAACAACAAAAAUGGGGCUAUUCACAAUUCAAAAAAUUAAUGUUUUUUCACUCAAAGUAGACUCAUAUUUGUUGGUAUACAUGUUCAACAAGGUCAUACUACAGGUAAUAUAAAAGUGUGUGAGCUUUUUGCUGUCUGGUGUUUAAGACGGAAAACGGGGCUAUUCACAAUUUAAAAUGUCAAUUUCUUUAAAAAACUCAAAUUUCACAAUCCUAAAAUGUAAAUAUAUAUAUAUAUAUAUGAAAAUAGAUUUUAACUCUUUAGCUUUUAGCAAUUAGUACAGAUAUGCUUAAAGUGACACUCUUAUUCAAAAUCAAUACAUACACAUUUAUAACAAACCUCAAUUUUGAUAAACCUUAACUACUUACUAAAUAAUGCAUUUAUAAAUGGAAAAUAUUCAUUACUGAUAACAUGAUUGUUACCAUGUAUUUAAAAGCAGAAAGCACAAAAAUUUAAAUGAUUGGUGAAUGCUAAAAGAUUAACUGUGGUUUACUAUUGUCUCAUAAGGUAGAAAUGCUGUGUUUUAUAAAUGCUCAUUUCUUUCAAAUUAAACUCUGUAUCCUUCAUAAGAACCAUUGUUUUUUACAUUAAUUCAUCCCUUUUGGAACAUUAAAACAAUAUUUAUUAUUUUCUGCAUUUCUUCAUCCUUUUUGCAAUAUUAUUAAUUGUGGUAAAUCUUAGUUAUUUGGGAGUAAGAGUGUAUUUUAAAGUGCAAUAUAAGGCCCUGACAUUUAACCGUACUGCCAAAGGCUCAAUGCAAUUACAAGUUACAUUGUACAUUGUAUGCCUUAAUUGUGGAAAGACAAAAUCACAAGUUAAUUAACUUAGUUAUUGAUGUUUCAUUCGUGAUAGUUUGGAUUUUACACUGAAAUACCAUUCUGUCAAUGUAGCAAACAUGUCCAUUUGCCACCCCCCCACCCCCACCACCACCUACACACACUUACACACAUUCCUUUGUGAUUAAGGAACAUGUUCCAAUUAUUUUUGGACUUAAAAAUAUCUUUCUUUUAUGACUAUUUAUUUUUUGGGGUGGCAAAUACACUUAUUCAUGUAGGCUGGGUUCUGUCAACGUAACUGCCGCCUGUGGUUCACACAAGUCUUUAAGCAACAGUAUGUUCAUUACCUCUGUUUGUUCUUUGACGCUCUUGUUUUAGUUUUAUUGUGGUCAUAUAGUGGCACAACAGUGACACGUAUAUCAUAUCAUGCAUACUGUAUAUCAACAGUAAAUAAAAGAAUUACGAUGUGCAAUACUGUGCUAUUAACUUAAUAUAUAUGUUUUAAAUAAACUAUAUA